GGUGGGGUUUAGAGGAAGCGGAAGUGUCAAAGCAGGCGGAAGUGGUACUGCCCUGAAUACGCUUAGCAGCAAGCGGAGGACGGCCUGAUAAACUCAUCUUUCAGAGAAUAAAAUCGGGAUUCCACGUACGCUCUAAAUCCUAAAAGAUGGAUAAGAACGACCUGGUGCAGAAAGCCAAGCUUGCAGAGCAGGCCGAGCGCUACGACGACAUGGCGGCUGCCAUGAAGGCUGUGACGGAGCAGAGCUCGGAGCUCAGCAACGAGGAGCGAAACCUCCUCUCUGUCGCCUACAAGAACGUUGUGGGGGCCCGGCGUUCCUCCUGGCGCGUCAUCUCCAGCAUCGAGCAUAAGGCAGAAGAGAAGAAAAAGCAGAUGGCUUCAGAAUACCGCUUGAAGAUUGAGAAUGAACUCAGAGAAAUCUGCGAGGAUGUGCUGAGACUCCUCGACGAAUUCCUUAUUGCCAAUGCAAGUCAGCCGGAGAGUAAGGUGUUCUACCUCAAAAUGAAAGGAGACUACUACAGAUAUCUGUCCGAGGUGGCCAUUGGGGAUGAUAAGAAGAGAACGGUGGAUCAGUCUCAGCAGGCUUACCAGGGCGCCUUCGACAUCAGCAAGACGGAAAUGCAGCCGACGCACCCCAUCCGGCUGGGCCUGGCCCUCAACUUCUCCGUCUUCUACUACGAAAUCCUCAACUCUCCUGAGCAGGCGUGCACUCUGGCCAAACAGGCUUUCGAUGACGCAAUCGCCGAGCUCGACACCUUGAACGAGGACUCGUACAAAGACAGCACGCUGAUAAUGCAGCUACUAAGGGACAAUCUCACUCUGUGGACAUCAGAAAACCAAGGAGAUGAGGCCGAAACCGGCGAUGGAGAGAACUAGAGCGCACUUCACUGUUAACCCAUCCCCACUCUCUUCCUCUUCCUUUUAUCUCUCUUCCUCUUUCUUCUCUUCUUCCUCUCUUCGUACACAUAAACAGCCCAUUCAUUCCCUCGUCCCACUUGUUCAAGCCCAGCCUCCCAACUUCCCUUCUGUAUAACCAGCAGCAUGAAUAGUACCUGACCUUCACAAAUGAAUUUGAAAAAAUAAAAAGACCUGAAGACCUCUCCCACCUUCCCUCCAUCAAUCAUGGCACUCCAGUGCCAGCCAGCACGCCACAGCCACUGGCUGGCCUUGUCUUAUAACAAGCACGGAGGGUUUUAAUCCACUCCCAUAAAAUUAUGUUUUUAGUCUAGUUUUUAAUCUCUCGCCUCUAUUCCUUUCUUUUUCUUCCCCCCCCCCCCCACCCCACUCCUCCUCCCUAACAUCUCAGUAUGUUCUCUCCCCCUCUUUUGCGAGAUCAUGGAUUUACAUAGUUGUUCAUCCCUUAUUUUUGUCCUUCUGGCUAUUAGUGUACUGGCAAAAAAAACUGGCUGGUUUUAUUCCACUUUAAACAACAACAACAAAAAACGUUAUUAAACUGUCCGUUUAUUUCCAACAAACACUGUGAUGCUUAGUUUUUCCUCCACCUCGCCACCAAAUUCUCCUUUAAUGGCAGACGGGAAACUGAGCUGGGCAUGUUUGAACAGCAGUGCGAUUCUGCUGAGGUUUAUACAGAAGGGUCCUCCAACAAGGCUGUAUUGUGACACUGACAAAUCUAAAAACUCAAGUGUUUAUACAUGCUGUGUAAUCAAACACUCGAUGUUCUCUUUUACUUUCUAACCGAGACCGCCACUUUGCAUAUUACCAAUCUUCAGGAGCUAAAUAAAAAAAGUUUGAUUCGGAAAAAUAACUAAAACAUUUUUUUUUUUUUUUUUUAAAUAAAAAAAAAAACAACAUACAUUUCAUCUUUCACAACAAACGGGACCUGCCUGCCUCUGGGGAUCCACCUGCUGUCACCGGGUGCUGUUGAAUAACUGUGCUGCUGUCCCUGAAGUUAAUUCCUUAAGAAAACAUUCAUUUCCCUUGGUGACUGCUUUUCCUCGUUGUGAGUCUGGAAGUGAGACGGAGACAAAUCAAAUUUUUGUCUUUAUUCUGGUUUUUUCUUUGGGAAAUUGUAAAACACCUUUGGAGCUCGGCUUCUCAGAAAUCUGUAUUUUUGCAAACGGCCAACAUCUGCCUUCUUUUUUUUGCUCCUCCCUGUCAUAGCUUGUCUAGAGUCAAGUCUAGAGGUUUCCACUCGCUGUUGUGUGACCUGCCAACAAGGAUGCUUACUUGCCUACUUGUAUCGGCAUCUAAAUCUACCACCGGCAUCAUAGUGGGAAUUAUACACCCUGUGGUCCGUUACCGUGGCAGUGAGGCCUGGUACUGAUGCUUCUUUCUGACAAUAUGAUCUUACAACCAGCCAAAUAAUCGCAAAGGGUUCAUUUAGUAGCUAGUAAGUGGACAUUGUCCACAAAGUAGGAGGGGGGAAAAAAAGAACAAGGAAGCCGUGAUUUUUAGCGCCGUCUUCGUCCACUAUGUGCGUUAGAGGCCGAAUUUUCACGGCAGCCAAUCAACUGUUAGAGGAAGUGGGGGACCUGUAGUGGGGGGUCACAGUUUAUCAAUUAAGGCUGGAGUAUGUGAACGCGCGUGUACGUUGAAGCGACCUUUUUUUAAGAGGUUAUCUUUUAAGAGGAAACAGCAGCUACCAGUGCAUUGUGAGGCUCAUUUGUAAGAUGUGAUCUUUCACGAUAAUCAUUGUAAUCUGUAAAAUUCUUGUUGAAAUGGCUUAAAUACACUCUGCCAGGAGAAGCAAAGUAAAUUCCAAACAAGUUAAGUCAUUAGUCCCAAACCUAGAGAAAAACUGGUGGGUGUCAUCUGACCACGACGCAGUCCAACAGUCUCGUCAAAAGCGCCCGUCUUUUAUUUCCCCAACUUUCCCUCGUCCACUCAGUGUCACAAUAACCUUGUCAUUAACCAGCUUGACAUUCCACUCUGUAGGUGUAGAAAAGUCAUGUGUCUCAAUGUUUUGUUUUUCCUUUAGCUGGGGACAAUUGUUUUUUUUUUUCAUGCACUGAAGUUUUAAAAGGUUAAAAAAAUCCCUCCCUGCCGCUCUUUUUUCCUCUAUAGCUGAACAAAAAGGCAGUUAUUCUACGCUUUAUAAGGAAAAAAAUGAUCCCAUGCAGUAGUGAAUGUGGCACCGAGCCUGUCUGUAUAUCUGGUAUCUCAACUCAUUGUUUUUACUGACCAGUAUUCUGCUUAAAAUAAAAAAGUAAAAAAAAAAAUAAAAUUAAAAAAUGUAAAAAAAAAUAAAAAUACAUCCCACCCAACCCCAACCCCCACCCCCGCCAAACAAAGGUUUGCUUCUGUGACGGUUUUUUAUUUUAUUUUAUUUUUUGCUUAGAGCGCACGUGGUUGUGAAAAUUUAGAUUUUAGCUCAAGGACGCCGAUAAAUGAGAAAAUGACACAAAAAAAAUAUGAAGAAAACCCCCUCGACGCCUUCCCCCACCCCCGCCCUGGUUGACGUAAUACUAGAUUUGUGUAUGUCUUUUAAAAAAAAUUCCAGCUCUAGUUUCACCUUACAUGUUAUAAACAGGACAAAAAUGUAAAAGACGAUUUAAAGUGAAAUAAAGGUUUUAUCAGUUCUGAA